CUCUCCUCCCUCCAUCCCGCGGACAAGUGUACACAGACUCUCAAGUUGAGCCCAGGCUCGCACACACACAAACACGCACAGAUAACAGAGAGGAGGCUAUAGUCAGAGGAUACACAGAGGGAGGAAGGAAAAGAAAGAAAGCAGACGGAGCUGCUGACGAUCGAGCGGAAUUUGGAUUUUAUGUAGCUAAUGCACAAGCCUUACGUGACAGAGUUUUAUUGUUUUUUUAUGUUUUAAAAUCGGCAGUGAAGCGGACUUUUGAAAGCGUUUGUGGAGUUCUUGAGACGCUCUGUUUAAACUUUGGAAGAAGGAAAACUGUGAUAGAGACAGAGACACUCAGUUUUCCUCCGCUUUAACCGUCCCGUUUGGAUAAAUAAGGCAGAGGAGCGCACCAGUGGAAACGUUUCAGCCAUCGGUCCUGGCUUAAAAGAGAGACACGGCUGAGUUUUGGGGGGGAUAAAAGGCCAAUCUCCAUCGGAAUUGCCUUUUCGGGAGGGUUCCUCUUUAUUACCGAUCCCAGAAGGAUUUAUUGUUUACUCCAAAUCUCAUCUGCGCCGUGUCUUAGGUCAAGCGCAGAGGGAGCGCAGAUUGGUCAAAAUGAGGUUAUUGAUGGCACCGAUAUUAUAGUAAAUUGUCCGUGGGGGGAAACAAGAAAGACAUCAAAAUAAAUCCCAUUUUGCGAACAUUUCCGGAGUUUUUUUUCUUUUCUUUUUCUUUCUUUUUUUUUUUUUUUGUAACCGAGAGGAGGGAUGGAGACGGUCGGAAGAAGGGGAGGCGCGCCGGUGGGAAAUCUCUUCUGGAAGACGGUGCUUGUGCUUUUUCUGUGGAAAGUUUCUAACAGCCGAGCAGGAGCAGCAGGUAGUGGACCAGGUGCAGGGCCGGACUCCUCACAGCCCCGUUUCUCCUCCUCCCUCCCCACAUACCUCCCAGUCCAGUGCCAGCUAAGUGGUGCUGACUCCGCCUUCUUCCUACGGGAAGCCAAUCAAGAGGUCAUGCGAAAUGGAAGCCUUUCAUCACGGACUGAGCCGUUCUUUCUCCACCAGCUAGAACCGGGUGUUGCUGUCCCGCAGUCCCUGCCGAGCGUCAAUUGCACGUAUGGAAAUCUGAGCAUCGAGCAGCCAAUCCCAGUGGAGCUGCUUCAAGGUCCGCUUCCACAUCUGCUGCUCUCAAAGAACCAAGUGACAUUGAACUGGAAGGUUAAAGGUCAAGUGGUGGUGUCCAAAGUGGGAUCAACAAGGCCCUGGAUACAGGUGCUGUUUUACCUGGUAGGACGGCGCUGGGAUGAGCCUGAUCCACCUCCUCCAUCCCUCCUCCCAUGUGUUAGAGCCUUGGCCAUCCGUGACGCCAGUGAAGCAGCACCAUCCGCAGGCUGCCGACUUGUGGGACCAUCUGGCAUCUGUGUUGUCCGUCUGGAGAUUCCUCCAGCUUGGUUUACACCACCACAAGUGAGAAAAAGGCCUCCUGAAGUGAGUUUGCCAUCAGUGGAUGUGUAUUAUUCAAUUAUACCAGUAGAAGGAGCUGGUCAAGAGUGUCCGUCCGUUGUUAAUGAGCCAUGGAGAGGUCAAAGUGCAAACAGUGGGCCACUUGGAAGCCUCGGUCUGGGUCUUGGGGGACAGUGGAACCCUGCAGUGGAUGGAGGUCUUCAGGACAUGCUUAAAGCUGGUUCUGUGGCAAUGAGCGUAGGUCCAGUUUCGGCCACCGGACAACGACUGCAGUUAGAUGAAAAUGUGGAGGUUCUGGUGCCACCCAGCCUGGUUCGGCUUGGAAAGACGGUGGCAUUUGGCAUCUACAUGAAGACAGAUGCAAACAUGGAGCAGUUUACACUAAGGGUGUGGUUCCAGUCAGGCAUCAACUUCCUGGCUGUGAAACCCAGCAACCUUGUCGCAUGGGAGAUCAAACAGGAAAUGGCACCGGGAAGCAGUUCGUUGGCGGUGAUGUGUCAGAGGAAGGCUUCCUCCACAGCAGAGAGAUUGGAAAGUCCUUCAUAUGAGGUAAUGCAGCUGGACUUUGAGGUGGAUAACGUGAUCAACCUGGUGCCAACCCAGACUCUACACUGGAAUGUUGAAUACCCAUCUGGCACCCAAACCACUACUAGGCAGGCUGAGAAAGUCUCACACCUCUACAUCAGCAAUGCCGACAUACAGGGCAUUGUACCGCUGGCUGAGGACACCGAGGUGCUGAAUACAGCUAUUCUUACUGGACGACAUGUUGCAGUACCCAUAAAAUUGGUUACCGUAGAAACUGAUGGCCAGGUGAGGGAGGUAGACGACUCUGUCACCUGCAGCUCGACAGACGUGGAUGUGGUCAAGGUUUCCCCAAACUGUGACCAGGUUUUGGUGAACGGUAAGGAAAUGCAUGGGCGGCAGUCCUUGGCAGUCAACUUCACCUACCUGCACCUAUCUGCUCAGCUGCACCUCACCGUCUGGGUGCCAAAGCUCCCCCUGCAGAUAGACGUGUCUGACACUGAGCUGAGCCAGGUCAAGGGCUGGAGGGUGCCCAUCAUCACCAGCAAGAGACCUACCAGAGACAGUGAAGAUGACGAGGAUGAUGACAGGAAGGGCAAAGGCUGCACCCUACAGUACCAGUAUGCUUUGGUGCGGGUCCUCACCCACUUUGUCGCAGAACCCUCUGACCCAGGGGGAGAGAUGGUCUACAUGCUGGGUGCCGACUGGCAAGCUGAUAUCACUCAUUUGGUUUUGGAUCAGAUAAAGGUUGAAGAUCCUCGCAUUGCGAGACUGAUAGACGGACGGAUCUUAAUGGGGCGAGACUUGGGGAUCACUAAUAUACAGGUUCUGUCUCCACUAUCUGACUCUAUAUUAGCAGAGAAGACUGUGACUGUGUUGGAUGACAAGGUCACCAUCACGGACCUGGGAGUCCAGCUGGUUGCAUCUUUGUCCCUCAGCAUGACGGCGAGUCCUGGAAAUUACCAGGCCAUACAGCUAACAACUACAGCUACAGACCUGCUACACACACCUAAACAGGAGGCCGUGAUCAGUGCAUGGAUCCAGUACAGUGACGGCUCUGUGACACCACUUGAAAUCUAUGACCCCAAGGACUUCCUCCUCUCAGCCAACUCAUUGGAUGAGAGUGUCAUCACAGUCACCAAUCAGGAACAGCACUGGCCGAUUUUAGUUGCAGAGGGGAAUGGACAUGGUGCGCUAGUCCGUGUAGAGAUGGUGAUUUCUGAGACUUGCCAGAAGUCCAAAAGGAAGAGUGUGUUGGCAUCUGGAGUUGGUAAUGUGAUAGUUAAAUUUGGAGCAAAGGAUGAGGAAAGAGGAGUGAUGGGAAGAGGAGGACAGGAAGACGGUGGUGGGAUGGAUAACAGCACCAGUGAGCAACGGACAAAGGACGGAGAGUGGAAGUCCAACAGUGCAGCAGUGGACCGAGAGGAAGGAGCCAUGAGGAAGGUUAGCACAACGACCAAGAGCACAGUAACCCAUCGUGGUUCAGGUGGCAAAGCUGCUGCUGCUGGAAGCAGCAGUGGAGGCAGCGGUCCCAGCCAAGCAGGGGACUACAGCAGCUACCCAGCACAAGUGGAGAUACCAGGGACUGGAAACAGUGAGCUGACUCAGACCACUAGAGGCCUGUCAGACCUAGAGAUUGGAAUGUAUGCCCUUCUGGGGGUAUUCUGCCUGGCAAUACUCGUCUUUCUUAUCAACUGUGUCAGCUUUGCUUUCAGAUAUCGUCACAAGCAGGUCCCUGUGCUGGAAGCAGGAGGCAACAUGAACCACGCCCAUGACUGGGUAUGGCUUGGCAAUGAGGCUGACCUGUUAGCUGACCACUCUGACCAAUGCCAGAGAGGGCUACCUGAUGAAUGCACCACCAUCAUUGAUCGACAUGAAGGUGGAUACGAGGAGAACAAGUACCUGCUUAAUGGGGCUGGCAACUCCUUAAUGGUGGGAGUGGGCACAGGCAUGGGUACCAUUAGUAGGAGUGGUGGCACAGGUGGACACCGGGGCAUCACCCAUGGGCAGACCUUGCCCAGAUCUGUUCCAGAACCACAUCAGUGCCUUUCAGCAAUCACCACCAGUGGUAAAGACUCCACUGGCCAAAAGGAGCAUCUGAAUAAUUCCCCUCGAGCCACGGCUGCAGCUGCAGUUGCAGCUGGCAAGCGCAAGCGUGUCAAAUUCACGUCUUUUGCCACUGUUCUGCCCAAUGAUAAUUCAGGUGGCGAUGGCCCAUACACCAACUCCUCUGCCCUGGUCACCAAUGGGAGCCAGGAUGACAUCAAGUGGGUGUGCCAGGAUAUGGACCUUGGUCAGUCUGAAAUCAGAACCUACAUGGAGAGGCUACAAGACAAUCUGUGACUGUUGGGAAUGAGACAGAGGAGGAGCAGGAGAGGAUGAGUGCAGGAGAAGGGAUGGACAAUGAGUACAAUUCACCUGUGAUGCCUUUGCAAUGGAUUAAUGGAGGGAGAAUGGGAGAAAUAUGAGAACAGUGAAGGGAACAUAGAGUGCUGUGAAGAGUUUAAACAGAUAGUGGAGGGGAUGCUUACAUUUAGCCCCCCUUAGGAAAUGGAAAGCAUAAAGUCAUCACUAGCUCACACUAAAAUUAAUAGUAGCAAACAAUAAACAACAUAAUGAAUUUGUUUUGUAUUAUUUAUUGUGAAAAUAUUAGUGUUAAUCAGUAAUAAUGUCACUAUUGGUUAUGAAUGUUUACUUUCAGAAUACCAGUAAACCAUUGUAUACAUACAUUAUACAGUAAAUUCAGGGUAUGUUAUUGGACAAACCUUAUUAAGCCACUAUACAUUUAAACGAGGAUGGGGAAACUUACUGUACUGACUUUUGAAGUCUUUUUUUUACUCAUAUGGUACAUUGCCAAAAAUGGCUGUGGAUUAAUUAUUGAUCUAGUUCCAAUAUACUGUACAAACCUGUCAUUUACCUGCCAAGUCUGCUCAAUGGUUUCAUAGUGAAGCACUAAAUUCUCUGAAGAAUAGGUGCUCACCAAAUAUAGGUUCUAUUCUUGUUUUAUCAAACCAUUUUCUUUUGGCAUUGCUAAAAUGUGAAAUGUAAUAUAUAUAUAUAUAUAUAUAUAUUUAUAUAUAUAUUCAAGUACUCAACCAGAAAUUCAGGCGUUUCGCCGUCACCCAUGGGAAUUGUCAUUGAGCUCUGUAUUCAGGCACUCGUGCUCAUUCCUCAAACUACUGAGUGUGCUGAAAGAAAAGUUGUCAAAAAAUGAUAUGACAUGCAAAAGACUGUUUCUCCCUUGGAUCCAGGACAGAGGCAUUUGAUCUUGCACAAUUACAAACAGGAAAGGACAUCAGCCACAUUUCUCCCCACAUAUUCAGAACCGGUCCCUUCAUCUCCUGGUCCCUCUCCGUGUGUCUGUGGUUGGUCAGCAGACAGCUGUAGAGAAACCUUUGUGAACUAAAACACACGGUGAAAUCUGGUGGAAUACUGUCUGUAAACGUAAGGGGUACUGGCUGGCUGAGGAGUCUCACAUUGAAAGGAGGCAGCUUUGGCUUUGAAAAUCCCCCUUGAACACUUAAUGAGGAUUAUGUAAAGCAAAUUGUACAACGUAGACAACGAGACAGACAACAGUACCUCCAGGGUUGCACAUGGAGCUAACAGGAUAAACUGACUGAUAUGAUAAAAUAAACCAACAAGGAACCAAUAUCUACUUGUUAGAUAUUGAUUCAUGAAACAUUUUGCUGAACAUUAUUAUAAAUACAUAUAUAUUUUUUUCCCCUUUUUUUUUGUCCUUUUUGAUAAAUAGAUUUAAAUUAUGUUUUUCCUGAUUAUCUUUUUAUCCUUAGUUGGGAAGAAAUUAAUUGUAGCUUUUCAUUUCAGAGAUUUAUUAAGACUUUAAGAAUAUAUGAUUAUUAUUAUUUUUUGUCCUAGAUAUCUAUUUAUUUAAAUUGACAUUUGAGAGGAUGACUGACUGAAAGACUGAAAAUGAAUAGCACAUAAAAGAAUAAGUGAAAAGAAGGGACACAGAGCAGGCAGGAGUUGCCUCACCUUCAUUAAGCUCAGGUGAAGAGUCAUGGAGAACUGACAAUAAAAUAAAAGGAAAACUGUACGAUUGUUGAGACUGCAAUAUUUAUUUAUAAAUGUGUUACUGUUUCAGAGUACACUGUACUGUAUGUUGUAAAUAAAUAAACAUGCUUCAAAAUGCUUGUGAAUAAGACUGCAGGCCACUAGCCAACCACAUGGUGAUAUUUUGUACAUUUUACAGUGCAAACAUGGUACACAAUACUAGCUACCACCACAAUGUGAAAGUGAUAUUAUUGGUUCUUUUUCUAAAGAUGUUCCUGUCCUUGUUUGAAAUAUUAAAUCAGUUUUUGUCUUUGUACAGGGUAGUGUUCAGUUUAUCUCCAUACUGAGAUGUAAAAAUGGAGGUAAUCCAUCAUGCAUUAUGCCCAAACUUGCUUGAGGACGGCAAGUUUGAGAAGACCCUUUCAGAAUAAAACCAAAUGCUACAAUGAUUAUCAGUGGGCUAGCCUGAGAAAAAACAAAAAAACAAGCAAAGUCAGAAUGAGAAUCAAAGAGAAAAUAACUAAAACUGCACAUUAAAAUCACAACCCAGAUGACUGGGCCUGAAACUGAAAGAGAAGAGCGUGAAGGGGAAAAAAAAGAGAGCUCAAGCAGACACAGAUGAGAGACCUGAGCUGACACCAAAUGGGGGCUGCAUAGCCUCCACCAAAGCAAUAGACGUUUUGACUUCUGACUGCAACUCUACUGUAUGUUCUGGACACAUUCCUGUAUCUAUCCUGCUCUGACAUAGUUACAAAACUGCUGCGAUCAAAAGGACCAUUCGAACAGGUCAGAGAUUAAUAGUUGCGCAGAGGUAUGAACAUAACAAUGCUUUCAGAUGAACAGCCUUUUAACUCUUAACCCUCUGUGAAGUUAAUCAUAUUUAACUGCUUUGGAUACCCAUUCUACCUAUUUUUUCUAUACCAGCUUAAAAAAAUACAAGGCUAUUUUUGAUUUAGAACCUGGGGGUAUUACAUUUGUUAUUCAAUGAAGGGAAAGCGACUGUAUGUAGCCACAAAUAGCAGCGAAGGACCACAGCUUACUGCAUGCUUACUAAAUUGUUAUUGCUGAAAUCUGACACAAUUCCAGAGAGGAAGACAUUUAAAAGCAUCAAUGUGUGUCUUUUUUUCUCUCUCUCUCUCUCUCUCUCUCUCUCUCUCUCUCUCUCUCUCUCUCUCUCUCUCUCUCUCUCUCUCUCGGCAAUUAUCAGAUGUUACAGAAUGACCAGAAUAGUGGAAGUAGGUUGCAACUACAGAGGAGGGUUAAGAAGAACAUGUGUCAAUUCAUGCUAAUUUAAAUAAAGCAUUUAUCAGAUCAGAGACAAAAUAAAGUUAUUAUUAUUAUUAUUGGGCACUAUCUGCUGUUAAGCUGCUUCAUUGUAUAUCUUUUGGCAUCCCAUCUCCUAUAACCUGUUUGUAUUUAUGUGUUGUUUUUGCAUAUGCAGGUAGCAGUUUGAUAUUUACAGUAUACAGCAUAAGAAAAGGCAAUAAUUCACAUAACGUCACAUAACCACAGCUUCUCACAUAUGUAACGUGCUCCUCUUUUGUCCAUUUCAAGCCUAACAAGUCUCUUUCUAACAAGAAACGUUUCAAGACUGAUUCAAUAAUUCUAUGUUGUUAUGUAGCCUUGUGUUCUAAGGUGGUCGGCAUUUUGGGUCCGAUUUAUUUUUCAGAUCGAUUUUCGGAAGUGUUAGUUAAUCAGUUAGGCAUAUACACAAGCCAUGUUGUAACUUCCAAUAAAUGCAUAUUUUUAAAUAAUUCCUCUCAGAUAAAGUCAGUCCACAGCAGUAAUUUAACAAGCAAGCAGUAAAAACUAAGGGGCCAUCUACAGUGGCUACAUCAGACUGAAAAACAUCCAAACUUGAGAGCAACAGAUCUUGACUCUCCAAAAGGUGUGCUGUUAUAGUGUAGUUACUGCAGGAGGUACGAAAGGAACAGCACUUGAACACACUACAGGUAGAGAAGGUGUGGGUCCUAAAGGGUUUUUAUUUAUUUAUUUAUUUAUUUAUUUUGUUUCACUAUUGUCAUUGUUUAAAAAUGGAGGCCAAUAAAGACCCAAAAUGAACCAA